GGAGGUUGAAUUGACUUGAUCAUUGUGAUAGUUGUUCGCGAUUGUCCGCAUUUUACGGACGUCCACUGGUUCCACCAGGUGUCGCAUCAUUAUAACGUAAUAAACCAAAAAUAAAAAACAUCAAAAAAAAAAAAAUAAUACAAUAAUAAUUAAAUAGUGUAUAUCUAAAUGUGUAUAUUGUGAAAUAUUUAAUAAUUGUGACAUAACAGUGGAUAUUUUUUCAUCAAGGUAAAUAGGACAAUAAAAAUUUACAUCUGUCAAUGAAUUGGAUUUAACGUAUGUCAACAUGUGGAGUCCAACACACGUCCAAGUGACAGUUCAAAGAGCCAAGGGUUUACUGACAAAAGGAAAACACAAGACAAAUGACUGUUUUGUUACAAUUGGUAUUGGAAAAGAAAAAUAUCAAACAUCAGUUAAAGAAAAAGCAACAGAAAGUGUUGAAUGGCAUGAAGAAUGUGAGCUUCAAAUACCAUCACAGGGUAAUACUGCUGAAAUUGUAUUAACAGCACUUCAUCGUAAUUUUCUUGGUGUUGAUGAAUUUCUCGGUACAAUAUCUGUACCACUGUCUAGCUUUGAUGUUUAUGAAAGACCAAAAAACAGAUGGUAUACAUUGGAAAAUAAACCGGGUAAAGAUAAUACAAAAAAUCGUGGUGAAUUAGAAGUUAAAAUUGGUUUUAUUGUAAAAGCUGGAAGUUUAACAGAUUUAACUAAAAAAGAAAGACAUAAAAGUUCACUUGGACAAUUAUCAACAGCUGCACAAUCAAUUGGUGGAAGUUUAUUGAGUAUUGGAAGUUUAGAAAAACGUAAAGGUCUUAAAAAAUUGGCAAAAUCAAUUGGUAAUCGUGUUAAAGGAAAAAGUAAAAAUAAAUUGGAUAAAAAUGAAUUUGAUGAAAUUGAUGAACAUUAUAUAAGACAAUCAAAACAAGAACCGGGUGAAGCUGAUCCAGGUGUUAUUAGUGAGGAUGAUGAUGAAUUUGCAUUUGAUGAUUUAUCACACAAGAGUUCAACGUCAUCAAUAAAUGUGCCUGUAUCAAGUGUCAUAACAUCAGGUUAUUCAAGUAAUUCAACAAUAACAACAACACCAAGUUCAUUUGGUCGAACAACAAAUGAAACAAAUACAUCAUCAUCAACAACACCACCACCAUCAUCACCACCAGCAAAUAUUGCACCAAAUAAACCACCAAGAACUACAUCAGUUAAUUCAUCACCAAAAUCAGAUAAUCAAGAGCCAGAUGAGUGGGGUAGAAAACUUUAUGGUAUACAAUCAAAUAAUCAAUUAAAAAGAUGGGACAAUAAAUCAACUCCAAGAAUUUUGAUAGAUGAACCAAAGGAUAAUCAUGAUAUAUCACCAGCAGCAUCACCAUUGCCAACAUCAAAAAUUUAUGAUACACCAGAACCACCAAGUCCAGCACCACGUGAAAUAAUUAAUCAAUCAACAAAACGUAAUCCAAUAAAAGAUGACAAAAUAAUCAAAGAUAAAAUAUUGAAAGAUGAUAAAUAUUUAAUCAGAGAAAAUAGUCCAAAUUCACGUUUUGAUGAUAAAUUUAUGAAUGAAAAUAAUAAAGAUAAAAAACAAAUUAAAAAAGAUAAAAAAAAAAAUAAAGGAAAAAAUAAUUUUGAUGAUUCAUCAUCUGAAAGAAUAAUAAUUGGUGGUGAAGAUGGUAUGAAAAAUACAAUGAUCAACAAAAGCAGACUUCCUCAUGAAAUUCUUGCACAAUUUGAGGGAAAAAGUCGAGAGGAUCUUAUUGAGCUGGCUUUACAGUUACAAACUGAAGUUAUUGAUAAACGUAAACGUCUUGCUGACAUGGAAGAUUAUAUUGAUUCACUUCUUUUACGUGUUAUUGAAGCAUCACCAAGAUUACUUCAAAAUCCAUAUGAAAUUAAUCGAAGAUUAUCAUCACCCGGAAAACAAUAAUUUAUUAAUAAUUAUAUACAAAAAAAAAACCAUUGCCUUAAUGUGUCAAAUGAAUAUUUUUGAGAAUUUAAUUUUUAUGAAAAUAUAUAAAUUUACUGCCAAUAUAUUUUAUUUUUAUUGUUUAUUAAAAUGGUCUUUUUGACUAUCUUUGACAGUUUAAUAUUUAAACUAAUUAGUAAUUAUUAAUUGACACUUUUUUUUUUUUUUUUAUAGUACUAAAUAUUAUUGCUAAUAUUUUUAUUAUUUACUUAUUUAUAAAAUGAAAAAUCUUGAACAUUUUUCAUCUGAUGACUGAUAAAAAAAAGUUGUUUUUUUUUUUUUUUUUUUUUCGUAUUAAAAGAUACUCUCUCUUGUCUUCCUACAAAAAUGAUUGUUAUUAUUUCAUUUUUGUAAUUUAAAAAUCAAAAAUAAUUGUUGUUUUGUUUUUUUGUAUUAACUGUUCUAAUUGUUAAUAACUGUCCAAAGAAUUAUAUUUGCUUUUUUCGUUUGUUAUUUUGAUUAAAUAAUAAUAAUGUGUCAAAAAAAUUGGUUAUGUACAAGAGAAAGUAAUAAAAAAAAAAAAAAAUGUCGUUGCGAUAUAUUUAAUAAAUGGGCUUUUUG